AUGUUGGUGAUUUUGUUACUAAUCCUUUUGUCUCUACUGCAGCAGGUGAAGUCAGCAGUUGAUCUCACUUUGCAACCAGAAGCUAAUGGAACAUUAGUAGUACAAGCAUGUCUCGCUAAGAUAUCUCAAUCAUCUAUCUUCUCAACCAAUGACCAGCAGAUGUUGCGUCGAAUAGCAUAUGUUGAAACGCACGAUGGAGCAGAUCCUGAUACUUACACUAACACGAGCAAUGGAGGAAUCUGGCAGUUAAGUGAAGCAAAGUAUACAGCUACCAAAACACAGGUUCAAACACUCAGUUACAGCAACAAGUUCAAGGCAUUUCAACUAGUUUUGUGCAUUGGAUCGUUUUUUUUUGUGAUGGAUGCUUCAGGAAGUGUCGGUUACUCCAACUUUCAAACAAUGAAGACUUUUGUACGUGAUAUUGCUAAUAGCUUUGAAAUAGGACCAAAUGAUGUACAGAUUGGAGUUAUUUCAGGAGGUACUGACACAGCUGGGGCACUUAAUGCAGUUCGAACAACAGGAUUUUCCCAAUCUAAUGGAGCUCGUCCAACUAGUGAAGGAAUUCCACGUGUUGCUAUAGUUAUUACUGAUGGAUAUUCUAACAGUUACUCAGCAACAAUCACGGCAGCUAUGCACUACAUAAUUGGAGGAGGUACUAACACAGCUGGGGCACUUAAUGGAGUUCGAACAACAGGUUUUUCUCAAUCUAAUGGAGCUCGUCCAACUAGUGAAGGAAUUCCACGUGUUGCUGUAGUGAUUACCGAUGGAUAUUCUAACAAGUUACUCAGCACAGUCACUGCAGCUAAUGCACUGCAUAAUGCCGGAAUAAUAGCAUUUGCUAUGGAAUCAGGAGCCAACCCAAAUGAACUCAAUGCUAUUGCAUCUCAGGCCUCUUAUGUUUCAUUUAUUUCCAGUUUCAAUGUGGCUCAACUAAGUGCCUUGCAAUAUCCAUUAGUCAAGAGGCUUGUGUAG